AUGAUUCAGCGGAUAUGAUUUAGGCGCAUGAGCAUAGCACCGUAGGCGAACAUCCUAAUUUUGAGAAUACCUUGAUCUGACGGAAAAACAGGUUGUUUAGCUGUCUAUUGAGAGUAUUUUCUGUGGAUUUUCGCCGUAUUUGCAGACAUGAGUAGUUCAGAGGAAGUAUCAUGGAUAUCUUGGUUUUGCGGACUCCGUGGAAACGAAUUCUUUUGCGAGGUGGACGAAGACUAUAUUCAGGACAAGUUUAACUUGACAGGACUAAAUGAGCAAGUCCCACAUUACCGUCAAGCUCUGGAUAUGAUACUGGACAUGGAACCAGAUGAUGAGCUAGAGGAUAACCCAAACCAAAGUGAUUUGAUUGAGCAAGCUGCCGAGAUGUUAUAUGGACUUAUACAUGCCCGCUAUAUCCUCACAAACAGAGGAUUGGCACAAAUGCUUGAAAAGUAUCAAAACGGAGAUUUUGGACACUGUAGUAGAGUAUACUGUGAAAACCAGCCUGUUCUUCCGAUAGGUCUAUCUGAUGUUCCUGGUGAGGCUAUGGUAAAGCUAUAUUGUCCAAAAUGUAUGGAUGCGUACACACCCAAGUCAUCACGUCAUCACCAUACAGAUGGUGCAUAUUUUGGCACUGGUUUCCCACACAUGCUGUUUAUGGUUCACCCUGAGUAUAGACCAAAGAGGCCAGCAAAUCACUUUGUACCAAGGUUAUUUGGCUUCAAGAUUCACCCAAUGGCAUUCCAGAUUCAACAACAGGCAGCUUCACAGAGAGGGAGGUCAGCUUCAGCUCGACCUCGCUCAACCAAGCCACACUACAAAUAGAACCCAUGCACAUCAACAACAUCCUUGGGGCUUAAAGCAUGGCGGCGAGAGUGCAGAAAGCAAGGUGUAAGAUGAAAUUAAGUUAGGGGCUUGCUUUCUUCGCUCUCUCUUCCCCACGCUCUGGUCUGGGUUUCCAAGGAUGUAUCCACACCUAAAAUUCACACAUUAUGAGAAAGCAAAAGUAGCUUAACCUUGCGAGUCUAGAUUCAUGGGUCGCUAUGACUACUCAAGCAAUAUUAAUUUUCUCGACCUGAUUUUUCUCUGCACAUACAAUUUCUUUUGAGAUCUGAAGUAUUUUGUAAAUUUUGGUCAAGUUAAGCUGAUUGUAUGGAAAAUCAGAGCUGUAAGCCAUGCUCGAUGACCCAGCAUAAUAUCCACUAGACAGCUAAUAGAAAGCAACCACUUUGAAUGCUGGAUCUUUGAGCAUUGCAGUAGUCUUUAACUUUGAUUCAAAUGUCUUCCACUCAGCUUUCCCUGUGUAGUACUUCUUGUAGCCUUGGCUUACUAAAGGGGGAAACAUACCAAAGGCGGUAUUUUCCCUAGUCUUCGAAACGAGAACAACAAAUAUACCACGAUGUUCGGUUUCUCUUGCAAAUGACUUUGUAUGACCACUGAAACAGUUAAUGUUGUAUUAAAUGAAAUCGAAAAAUACAA